UUUGAGAGAGAGAGAGAGAGAGAGAGAGAGAGAAUCUAAUCACUACCGGAGAAAUUUAAAUCUUUCUUCUCCGGCCAAGAUGAUAGCUCACUUGGAGUGUUUGGUCCAAGAAAACGAAAACGACACCGAAUCCCGGCCCUACGACGUCAUCUCCGGCCUCCAAGCCGCCACUUUAUCCAACGAUGGCGUCACCGGUAAGGGAUCCAAGUCGGAGUUCUUCUUUUCCGUUCUUGGCGGGCAUGGCCAGUUCGGCAUCAUCAUUACCAGAGCUGGAAUCUUGCUCCAGCAAGCCCUGUUCAUGGUGAGGUGGAUAAGGCUGUUGUACCGGGUUCGACGCCUUCACCCGCAUGCCCACUCGCUAGUCAUUUGUGAACACAGGUCCUUGAGGAAACGAAGCACGUCCUAAAUUGAAUUUUUUUUAGGAAAAUAAAAUUUUUUACAUAGUGACGUCGGUUUACUUCUUGAAAGGACCGUCCUGUGAAACCAGGAGAUUAUGCGGUACUGUAUGACGAAAGUUUCGACUUCAAGUUGUAUUUGUUGCACUACCAAUCACAAGAGGAAUAGAAGAAGCAUUUCGGGUUCAGUGGAGCAGAUUCGUUGACAGCAAUCCUCUUUGAUCCGAUGGCAAAU